GCUUUCCAAGGCUUCCUUUCUCAGCCUUUACACCGCUUCUUUCUGAGCAAAAGAAGAAUCGUUUCAUGGACUAGAUCUGAUACCAAAGUUCGAUUGGAGCCCGGAAUAUCCACACCACGCAGCUUCUUCGUAACCCGGCGUCUCCAGGCUGGUGAGCAAGGAAAGGGGAGCAAGAAAGAUGCGGGAGGGCACUGCUGAGAGGGGCCGGGGACAGAGGCGGCCAAUGCUCCUUCCCUUCCUGCUGCCUUUGUUCUGCCCCACGCUCUCUGAGCAGAUCCGCUACAAGAUCCCCGAGGAAAUGCCCACCGGCUCGGUAGUGGGGAACCUCGCCAAGGACCUGGGUUUCAGUGUCCAGGAGUUACCGACGCGAAAGCUACGCAUCAGUUCUGAGAAGCCUUACUUCAGUGUGAGCUCAGAGAGCGGAGAGUUGCUAGUAAGCAGCAGGCUGGACAGGGAGCAGAUAUGCGGGAAGAAGCUGAUGUGUGCUCUGGAAUUUGAGGCUGUUGCUGAAAAUCCACUGAACUUUUAUCACUUGAGUGUGGAGCUGGAGGACAUUAAUGACCACACGCCAAAAUUCGCGCACACUUCCUUUGAAUUGCAAAUAAGUGAGUCCUCAAAACCAGGGACAAGAUUUAUCUUAGGAUCCGCCCAUGAUGCAGAUAUCGGAACCAAUUCUCUGCAGAAUUACCAGCUUAGUCCCAAUGAUCAUUUUUCACUGGUGAAUAAAGAGAAAUCAGACGGUAGUAAGUACCCUGAAAUGAUAUUAAAGACAGCUCUAGACCGGGAAAAGCAGAAACUCUACCACUUGACCCUGACUGCUUUGGACUUUGGGCAUCCACCCCUCAACAGCACUGCACAGAUACAGGUCCUAGUGACCGAUGCCAAUGAUAACCCUCCAGUGUUCAGCCAAGACAUAUACAGGGUGAGCCUUCCUGAAAACGUGUACCCAGGAACCACCGUGCUUCGAGUGGUGGCCACAGACCAAGACGAGGGUGUCAACUCCGAGAUCACGUUUUCUUUCAGUGAAGCUGGCCAGGUUACCCAAUUUAACCUGGAUUCUAAUACCGGAGAAAUUACAACUCUGCAUACAUUAGAUUUCGAAGAAGUCAAAGAAUACUCCCUUGUUUUGGAAGCAAAGGACGGUGGGGGGAUGAUUGCGCAAUGUACGGUGGAAAUAGAAGUCCUAGAUGAGAACGACAAUGUCCCUGAAGUGUUAUUCCAAUCUCUACCUGAUCUCAUAAUGGAGGAUGCUGAGCCAGGGACAUAUAUCGCUCUGCUUAAAACCCGUGACAAAGAUUCUGGACGCAAUGGAGAAGUUAUCUGUAAAUUAGAAGGCGGUGCUCCGUUUAAAAUACUCACUUCUUCAGGAAACACGUAUAAACUAGUGACGGAUGGAGUUCUAGAUCGUGAGCAGAACCCGGAAUACAACAUUACUAUUAGAGCUACUGACAAGGGUGACCCGCCUCUCUCUUCCAGCUCAAGUGUCACCUUGCAUAUAGGCGAUGUGAACGAUAACGCCCCAGUUUUCACGAAGGUUUCAUACCUGGUCCAUGUUGCAGAAAACAAUCCGCCUGGAGCCUCCAUCGCUCAAGUCAGCGCCUCAGACCCGGAUUUGGGGGCCAAUGGCCAGGUUACCUAUUACAUCAUAGCCAGCGACCUGGAGCCUGAAUCUCUGUGGUCCUACGUGACCAUAAACGCGCAAAGCGGAGUGCUGUUCGCACAGCGCGCCUUCGACCACGAACAACUGCGCUCCUUCCAGCUGACACUGCAGGCGCGGGACCACGGAUCGCCCACACUCAGCGCCAAUGUGAGCAUGCGCUUGUUGGUGGGUGACCGCAACGACAACGCGCCCCGAGUGCUGUAUCCCACGCUCGAGCCCGACGGCUCUGCGCUCUUCGACAUGGUGCCGCGCUCUGCCGAGCCCGGAUACCUGGUCACCAAGGUGGUGGCUGUGGAUGCAGACUCGGGACACAAUGCCUGGCUGUCUUACCAUGUGCUGCAGGCCAGUGACCCUGGGCUCUUCAGCCUGGGACUGCGCACAGGCGAGGUGCGCACAGCGCGUGCCCUGGGAGACAGGGACUCAGCGCGGCAGCGCCUUCUGGUCGCUGUGCGUGAUGGUGGACAACCACCGCUCUCGGCUACAGCCACGCUGCACCUCAUCUUCGCUGACAGCCUGCAAGAGGUCCUGCCAGACCUCAGCGAUGACCCUUUGCCCCCGGACCCUCAAUCUGAGCUGCAGUUCUACUUGGUGGUGGCCUUGGCCUUGAUUUCUGUCCUUUUCCUCCUGGCUGUGAUUCUAGCCAUUGCACUUCGACUGCGACACUCCUCCAGCAGGAAGGCAUGGGGCUGCUUUCAGUCGGAAGUGGUGGUUCCCCCCAACUACAGUGAGGGGACUUUGCCGUAUUCCUACAAUCUGUGUGCUGCAGAGUUUAACUCCCUAACAUGUAAUGAUCAGUUGAAAUCAGGACAAGAUCUACAAUUUGCAGAUUCAGCGGGGGCCUUGUUUCCACUUUGUAAUUCCAAUGAGUCAACCUCCCAUCAGCAAGCCCCGCCCAACACUGACUGGCGUUUCUCUCAAGCCCAGAGACCCGGCACGAGCGGAUCCCAAAAUGGUGAUGAAACUGGCACCUGGCCCAACAACCAGUUUGAUACAGAGAUGCUGCAAGCCAUGAUCUUGGCCUCUGCCAGCGAAGCUGCUGAUGGGAGCUCUACCCUGGGAGGGGGCGCUGGCACCAUGGGUCUGAGCGCUCGAUACGGACCCCAGUUUACCCUGCAGCACGUGCCUGACUACCGCCAGAACGUGUACAUCCCUGGCAGCAAUGCCACGCUGACCAAUGCCGCUGGCAAACGAGAUGGCAAGGCUCCAGCAGGUGGUAAUGGCAACAAGAAGAAAUCGGGCAAGAAAGAGAAGAAGUAAUAUGGAGGCCAGGCCUUGAACCACAAGGCAGCCUCCCUCCCCAGCCAGUCCAGCUCGUCCUUACUUGUACCCAGGCCUCAGAAUUUCAGGGCUCACCCCAGGAUACUGGUAGGAGCCAGGGCCAUGCUCCCCGUUGGGAAACAGAAACACGUGCCCAAGCCAACACCCCCUCUCUAUACCCUAGGGAGUUGAAUAUGCAAAGAGAGUUCUGCUGGGACCCCCCUAUUCAAUCAGUGAUUGUACCCACAUGGGUAGCAGGGUUUGUGUGUGUGGACAUACACACACACACACACACACACACACACAAACCAUGCCACACUCCCUUAGUUACAGCUGAACUCCUCCAUCUUCCAACCCAGGCAGGCUUAUCCAUCUCCUGCCGCCCUCUCCCCACCCCACCCACUCCUUCAGUCCCUCUCUUUGAGCAAGGUAGCUGGGCUGUUGGGGUGACCGGUGAGCUAAGCCGGCUCCUAGUUCUGAACGGUAGGGAGAGUAUUACAAUCUUUUGGCCUCUCCUUCAGUUCAGCUUUCCCCCAAAGCAUGGUUUGGUACCAGUCUUCUCUUUUCCUUCCAGAGCCUGAGACCAAUGCUUAAGUUUUGGGGGAACAGGCACCCUCCCUCUGGUACUGAUGAUGCUUGCUGGAUUUUGGGAAGGCAUUUUGCUACUAAGCCUCUUUUCAAUGCCUGGGGACAACUAGUCUUUUGUUUUUCAUUGUUUGAUGUUCCCACUGCAUGCUGUGACUUCCCUACACCUCAAAGAAGAGACUCCUUUGCAUGUCUGGAGACAGUAGGGGGUGGUAAACUAAAGGGAAGUUGAGAGUGUAUACUGCUGGGAGUGGGGCAGUGGACAAAACAGCCUGUUAAUAGGGUCUUGCAAGGGGCUCUGUAUGUACCCAGGGGACUGGCUCAAUCCUCACAUUCUAGCCAUAGACAAACACCAGGCCAGACCCCUCCAUUCUGGUUCAGCCUGGGCAGCUUGGGCUGAGCCACCAGGACCAAUGGAUUUAAGCUGACAUUUCAGUCCAAGACGACGACUUCUAAGUGAGUUUAAGACCAGAGAGGAAAGAGGGGCCUCUGUGGGUGCUGGGUACUCCAGAGGUGCCCUUGGUGGGAGGACCAGUGGUCUUAGCAGGAAGGGGGGCCCAGCAAGGUCAUUCUUGGACCCUGGGUCUAGUCCAGUAGCUAGAAAAAGGGACCAAGUGGCCAUAAAGUCCCAGCCAAUGAUGGGGCUUUUCCAGUGGGCCCCUGUAGACCUCAAGCCCCUGGCCUCCACCUUACCAGGUGCCAUUUCUUCUCAGAAGGCCACUGCCCAGGCCCCCAGGCCGCCCCCUUGUGGCCAGAGAACGGUUAAAGCCCCCCAGUGCCUCCUUGUGCAUAGAACUUCCUCUGCCCUAGCCCUUACAGUAGUGUAGAAGAUCCCCCUCCCCCGCUGGUGUAGAAUAGCCAAUAGUAUAGUGUGGUGUGCUUUUACGUGAUGGCGAGUGGGCAGCGGGCGGUGGGCUGUACACAGCCGUCUGUCCUUUGAAUCUCAAUCUGCCUGCGCGGCCCGUGCUGUGUUUUGUGCUGUGUCCACACGCUGCGGCGACCCCUCCCUGUACUGACUUCUCUAUAAAAAGCUUCUCUUCGCAUAGUCACGUAGCUCCUGCCCAUCCCCCUUCCGAUAUCUCUCGCAAGUUUUAUACUCUAAUAUUUAUAUGGCUUUUUUCUUCGAAAAUUAAAAAUAAAAAAAUGGUUUCUUCUG